CCAGCUGAGAGGAAAGUUCGUCUGUCCAGAUGUUUUCUUGCAGAAGCCUUACUCAGUUUGACAAGAACUGGCCCUGAAUCGAUAAACUUCAGAUCAAAGAGUUCCCGCAGCAGAAGCACAAACUUUUGGCGAUUCCAAACUUCCAGGGAGUUUGAAGGAAGUUGCUCGUUAGGACAUUCUUCGAGGGAUUGCAGAAAGGGGGUUUGUUAAGAUUAGUCUCUUUGUGCUUUUUCACGUGAAAGAGCCUUUAUAAGGCGUCAUUUUGUUGGUGACGGUGGUGCGCUACACAACACGAAACGGACUGCAAAGUUUCAUUUGUGCAUUUCAACAUGGCAGCGUAUACUUUACCUGAGGGAUUCACGGACUUUGAUAUGUUUACAUUCGGCUCAGCGCUUCUUGUUGGGGGCGUGCUUGGAUUCUUCCUCAAUGCCAUCAGCAUUGUGUCUUUCCUCACAGUGAAGGAGAUGAGGAAUCCCAGUAACUUCUUUGUGUUCAAUCUCGCUGUGGCCGACAUCUGUUUGAAUAUUAAUGGGCUCACAGCUGCAUAUGCCAGCUAUAUCAGAUAUUGGCCAUUUGGUCAAGAUGGAUGUGCCUAUCACGGUUUUCAGGGGAUGAUAGCCGUCCUGGCGUCCAUCAGUUUCAUGGCUGCCAUCGCUUGGGACAGAUAUCACCAGUACUGCACGAAACAGAAGCUCUUCUGGACCACUACUCUGACAAUGAGUGGCAUCAUCUGGAUCCUUUCCAUCUUCUGGGCUGCUGUUCCUCUCAUGGGAUGGGGCGUCUAUGACUUUGAGCCUAUGAGGACCUGCUGCACACUGGACUACACUAGAGGGGACAGGGACUAUAUGACCUACAUGCUAGCUUUGGUGCUGCUCUACCUGAUGUUCCCAGCUUUCACCAUGUGGUCAUGUUACGAUUGCAUCCACAAGCACUUCAAGAAGAUCCAUCACCACAAGUUUAACACCAGUUUGCCGUUGAGGGUAUUGCUGAUGUGCUGGGGCCCCUACGUCCUCAUGUGUGUCUACGCCUGCUUCGAGAACGUCAAGUUUGUAUCUCCAAAGCUGAGAAUGGUUCUUCCAAUUGUUGCAAAGACAAAUCCCAUCUUCAAUGCUCUCCUCUACUCGUUUGGAAAUGAGUUCUACCGAGGCGGCGUGUGGCACUUCCUCACCGGACAGAAGAUUGUUGAUCCGGUUGUUAAGAAGUCAAAAUAAAAGGAAAUUCAAAAUGUUCUAGCUCUUCUCUCCAAAACCAACAUUUCCUCUCAAGAUAGGUUCCUCGUGCUAUUGGUAAGGUGUUGUAAACAUCAAUGAGCCAUUUAGAUGUGUGUACAGUUAUAUUUUCAGACAGGGACAGUAGCUAAAACUUAGGACACUCUCUGCAUUUGGAGCCACCAGAGCACCACUGUGCUGGAUUUGUGUAAAUCUACAAAAUGUGUGUGGCAGGUAAUUUAUUCAUUUUCAAAUGAUUGCAUUCUUUCUACAGGAAUUUGUGUUUAACCUGCACUGCUCCUCUGUCCAUGUUAGACCACUUACAAUAAACAUGUUGCGUUGCUGCUC